AUGGCAGGGUUGAAGCCCCCAGGACCCCUUAGCUUCCAAGGAAGUGUCGCAAAAAAUUGGAAGGACUGGCUAAGCGCAUAUGAGCUGUAUGAGACAGCAUCUGAACUGAACAAGAAGGGAGAUGAAGUACGGUAUGCUACUUUCCUUCACGUCGCGGGAGCGACGGCACAAAGGAUAGCGAAGACAUUUGAGUUUGAGUCAGCUGAAGUUAGAAAGGUUGAGCCUCUCAAGAAAAAGUUUAGUGGCUACUGUCAGCCAAGGAGAAAUAUGUCAGUCAUCAGGUACUUGUUCAACUCACGAAAUCAACGCAGUGAUGAGACGUUUAGUGCGUACCUGACAGAUCUUAAAGUGCUAAUAUCAGACUGCGAAUUCCAAACGCUGGAAGGAGAGAUGCUCCGCGACAGGAUUGUGUGCGGGAUUUAUGACCAAGGGCUGCGGGAGAAACUGUUGCAGAUAGAGAAUUUGAGCUUGCAGCAAUGCAUAGACACAUGCUGUAUAACAGAAAGCAGUGCUCAGCAGAUAGAGCAGUUACAAAGCAGCAGUGAUGUCCACUUUCUGAAAGGACGUCAAUCUCGAUCUCGACCACAGAAGGCCCGAUCGUCUGAACACCAGCGCUCACCAGGAACUGAAAAAUGUGCCAACUGCACAUACUUGCACAGACAUCCUGAGUAUUGCCCAGCGGCUAAAGAAAAAUGCCGGAAAUGUGGAAAAAUGGGUCAUUUUUCCAAAUCAUCGAGAUGCCGUAUGAAUGACGCAGAAUACCAGCAACGAUCAGGACAGAACGACUUUGGAAAGGAUCGUGAUCGCGUGGAGCGAAGUGGUGGAGGAAGUCGACAUCGACAUCGAGACCGCCGUGAAGUCAAAAACAUUGACGCAGACGACAGACAGAAGCAAACAGAUGACGAGUAUGAGACAGAUGAAGAACAAGUAGAAGUAUUUAUAGAUCUCGUGGUAGAUGAACUAAAUACGACGGAAUGGACACAUGAGCUUAUGAUCGACGGAGUAAAUGUAACAUUCAAACUCGACACAGGUGCGCAAGUAAACAUUUUGCCCACAGAUGUGUUUAACAACACAAACUUGACAUUAGAUAAGUCAAACGUCACAUUGAGGUCAUACUCUGGGCAUGCAAUGAAGCCCAUUGGACAGACGAAGUGUAAAGUAGUGGUAGGUAAGUCUGUUUACUUUCUAACAUUUCAGGUGGUUGAUGGUGGAGUUAAGCCUAUUUUAGGCAUGAGAGCAUGCAAACAUAUGAAUUUAAUUCAACGAUGCAUUAGUGAUGUGACAAGCGCGAAACCCCCUAGCCCACCCAAUGCCCCCGCCCCGACUCCAAAUCAUUGUGCAAGCGCAGAUAAGCUUGACUUUGAACGUAGUGGAAGGGACCCAUUAGCAAGGCAUGCGGAAUUGUUCACAGGGUUAGGAAGACUGCGAAAUCAUGAAUAUAACAUUUUGAUAGACCACACUGUCACCCCAGUAAAAUGUCUUCCGCGCACCACCCCGCAUAAACUGCGUGAUAAAGUUAAAGCAGAGCUUGAUCGCAUGCAAGAAUUAGGUGUAAUAGAAAGAGUUAAUCUCCCAACCGACUGGGUGAAUGCAAUGACUGUGGUUCACAAACCCGAUGGAAGAGUGCGCAUAUGUCUCAACCCCCGUGGUCUGAACGCCGCCAUAAAGAGGGAACAUUAUCCCAUGCCGACCUUUGAACAGAUAGCCGCACGCAUUCCGAAUGCUCAAGUAUUUUCCAAGUUCGAUGCCACUAGUGGUUACUGGCAAUUACCACUAACUGAAGAGAGUUCAUAUCUAACAACUUUCAAUACCCAGUUUGGCCGAUUUCGGUAUAAUGUUAUGCCGUUUGGAAUAUCGUCAGCUAGCGAGAUUUGGCAGCGAGCGAUGGUAGAUGAAUUUGGUCAGCUAGACGGCGUUGAGAUCGUAACAGAGGAUAUUUUGAUUUGGGGGACAAGUAUUGCGCAACAUGAUGACCGCUUGACUGCAUUCCUAAAAAAAGUGCAGUCGUCUGGCCUAAAGCUGAACAAGACCAAAUCAAUUAUACGGGCAAGUGCGAUCGAAUAUGUCGGUCAUGUGAUCUCAAGCGAUGGCGUGAAACCCAGCACUGAGCGGGUUAAGUCGAUAAUCGAGUUGCCGUACCCUUCAUCGAAGAAGGAAGUCGAAACUUUCCUUGGUAUGAUCACGUAUGUAGGGAAGUUUAUACCGAAUCUGUCGGAGAUUACAUCUCCUCUGCGCGAACUGACACAGAAAGGCAUUGCUUGGCACUGGAGUGAUGUACAUGCGCAAUCUGUGACAAGCUGA